AACUACAGCUCACAGAUGGGGAUGGUUUCUUAGCAACUGUCCUUGGCGACUUCUCAUAGUUCCACCUCUUUGUCGACACUUCUAGACUUGGCAAGGAUCUGCUUGAUUCACCAGAACUACUUUGGCACCUCAGUUGAGAUCAUGGAAGAGGUGAGGCACACGUUUAUGAGGAGGACUUAACUUCUGGGCACCCUCAGAGACAACAAUAACCCCUCCCAGGCAGGCAGGCAGGGAGGCACACACUGUUCAGAUGCCCUAUGACCUACACAAAGAGUCUUGGGUAUUUAAGCACCAGUCAAUGCAGUGAGCCUUGCUGUUUUCUUGAUACCAGUCCAGGCCACAUGUGGCAGGCAUGUGAGGCUGUCCUUGGCCACUUCUGGCAACUGAUUUGGAGCCAUAUCUGGUUGGCCACAUUGGGACAUGCCUGGCACAUAUAUAGCUCAUUUAUUCUAAUAGUUGUGCUGUUCCCAGCCAGAGGUUUCGUGAAACUGGCCAGGCAAUAUCUCCAGCCUCAGGAGCCUAGUGGCUUGCUACAGUGCCAGAAGGAGCUCGAGGAGGUUAGCCCCUUGCUCCAGCGCCAACCGGAGCCAAAGAUGGCUAGUCCCUUGCUCCAUUACAUACACGAGCCUGAGGAGGUUAGCCCUGUGCUACGAUACCUACAGCAUCCUGAAGAGUUUGCUGCCUUGCACCACCAACUUCCGCAGCUUGAGGAAAAGGUUGAUCCCUCAGUCCACCAGUCGAAAGAAGUUAGCCCUGUACUCCAGUAUCUACAACAGCUGGAGGAGAUUGGUACUAACCUGCUCCAACGGGACAGCAGCCUCAUGUCUUCCUGCCCAAGAAAUGCCAGCAAAAUGGAGGAUGUGACUCAGGUGAAAAAUAACGCGGGGGCUGGUCAGGCUCAUCUAGCACAACUUUCUCAGGAUCUUUAUUGGGAACCAAGAAUGACUCUGGAAGCCUAGGUGGUGGAUUUGGAGAGAGGGAAAGGAGGGUUGGGAUGUUCAAGGACCACAGCUGUCUCUUGCCACCUUCCGAUGCCAUCAGAUUCCUGUAAUAAUUGGAAUGUGGCAAGUACAUACCUGAGCAGAGGAGGAAUCAGACAGCCUCAGGACUGACUGGGAAUAGAAGGGUUUCGCUCCAGGCCCAGAAAGCAGAACUGUGGGCCUUGCUACUCUUGGUGUUUAUUGCUCUAGUAAAGCAGACAGCAAAAUUAGGUGUCCAGAAUCUGCGAUAGGUUCAGUUGUGGAAGCCAAAGGUCAACAAAAAUGGAGAGAGAAAAAGUCUGGUUUAUGCAACCAUUUAAAAUGGGAUGCAUCUAUUAAGCACAGGGACAAGGAAUCUGCCAGUCUCAGAGGAAAAGCAGGAGCUGGAGGGCCACAGCUAAUUUUCAUAUCUUAUUGUCAUUAUUAUGAAGGUAACAAUAAAGGUGUUAAGAACUGUGGAGAGUUGUCUUGUGGCCAACUAAGGUGACUAAAUACCUUCAUAUAUGUGCAACAAAUAUAUGUGAAACUCAUAAUCACAAAUCAACAGGUAUUAUUAAACCCCUAUUUCUGUGAAUAAUAUUUCAUCUUUGUGCUUUCCCUCUCAUGACUUAUGUGUGGGGAAAUCACUCCCUUUAAAUAUUUUGCUGCCCUCCUUGUUGCCUCAUGCUUAAGAAAUUUUUAAAAGCAAGCCUUUUAUCCAGUGUGUUCCAGUACUGCUGUACUAUGUAAUUUCUAUUUCUUUCUAUUCCUAGGUUAAUAAUUCUAUUCUGUAAUUUAUUUAUUUUUCCUUUCCAAAUCUGCUCAAACACUUUCUUCUUCCCUUUCAGUUUCCCUGUCUUUUUGUGACAUUAUUGUAUUUUAGAUUGUGAUGCUGUGGACAAGGUCAUAAGUACAUUCUGAUUUUGACCAGCAACUAGCAUAUAUAUAAACACACCUAGAGAAGUGUGAAGAAGUUGUGUAGAAGUUGUCUUGCCUUUGUAAUGGACUGGAUGAGAGCCAAAAAACUGAAGCUCAAGCCAGAUACGACUGAGGCACUGUUAGUGGGUGGUUCCCUAGAGCAGAUGGAUGGGAGGUUGCCUGCUCUUGAUAGGGUUACACUCUGCUGUCGCUUGAGUAUCAGGUGACCUCAGUGGUGCGAAGUGCCUUCCAUCAGAACUGUGGAGUUGGAAGGGACCCAGAGGGUCAUCUAGUCCAAUCUCCCCUACAGUGCUUGAAUUACAGCUAAAGAAUACCUGACAGAUUCUUGAGAAUUUCUAAAUUCCAAUCUUUCCUCUCUCUCUUUUUUCAAAUUUAAAAAUUGUCAAAGCAACCAUGGCUGCAUUCACAUGGCAGUUUAUUCCAUUUCCCUAGUGUUCCCGUUAACUGUGAGUUUCCUUAAAAAGGAAAAGAAGAAAAAAGGAGUUUCCGCAUUAUAUUUAAGCUUUCAGAUGUAAAAGCCAAUUCCCAAAAUAUAGCAGAAUAUAACACAAGGUUAGAGCACAUCUCAAUGUUAUUUGCAAAUGGAUUAUUACUGGAAGCAAAUAGCAUGGAAAUGAGCAACAAAUACUAAACUAUAAAAUUAAUACCAGAUCAAGGAAUGAAAAACAAACUUGGCUCAAUUUGCAUUUAAAGACAAACCUACCAUAUUUACAUUUCCCGGAACACUAUAUGAGCCAAAACACAGCCAUCCUUUGAAAGUUGCACUUGUCUGAAUUUUGUAGUGCAGUUCUCUGGCCAAGUAAUGCGCAAAAAAAUGCAUACACUAGAUAGACAAAAAUGCAUUAUAUUGGGGAAAUUAUUUGCAUAUACUGUAUGUGUGCAUGUAUAUGGCAAAGCUACAUAUAAACAUGUGAAUAUUGGGAGAAAUUUGCAGUAGAAUGCUGAUGAAUUUUUGUAAGGACUUUUUUUAAAAAAUGAAAACUGAUUUGGAAAUGUGGAGAACUGAAAAUAAGCCUGUAAAAACAAAAAAGCAGAGGGGAAUUCAAAUUCACCGAUCCCUAGCUCAAGCUGCCCUUAAAGGCAGAGCUACAGAGACUGGCUAGGAAACUCUCAACCCCAAAUUCUAUCCACUUUCAAACCAGAAGCUUUGUACAGUGUAUUAUUAUUUCAUGUAAUAACAAGACACAAUGCCAAUGCAAUGAAGAGGUUAUACACAGUCUAUUAUUUUCAUAAGAUAUAAUUAUAUUAGAGUUACAUCCAAUUUGUACAUCCAAUAUGUACAUCUGGAGACAUCUACAGGACCGCAGAUAAAGUGUAGCGAUCAAGAGAAUGAAUUGAGUUGGAUGUUUUUGUUCUAGUGUCAAUUUAGCCAUGAUUUCACCAAAUCCACUUUCCCUCUCCAUUUCCCCUUUGUGCUGGACAGAUUAUAUGUUACAGGCUGCUGCAAAGACUGCUGAGAUAAUCCACUCUUUACUUCUCUUUGGAACAGGUGCCCAUGGACACGACGGCCUUCCCAAUUCCUGCCGCCGCAUACCAUGAAACCAGAAUGGCCGGUGGUCCAACAGGUAGAAGAUACUUUGAAAUCUUCUCUAAUGCCUUAUGCAGGCUAAGAUAGAUACACAGGUUAUAUGGGCUUGGCUCACACCCUCCUGCAUCGUGACACCCUGCCUAUGGAAUUCUCUCCUGGACCUAAAUAUGGCAGCCACGGGUCUGGGAUUUCAUUUCCAAGUUAAAACUUACCUAUGUUUUCAGGCCUUUAGAGAAAGAUGGUUUGCUGAUGCAAGAUUCUAGGUCAGGUAUGGGGAACCUUUGGCCUUAGAAAUGUUGCUAGACUACAAGUUCCAGCGCCAAUGGGAAUUGGAGUCCCACAACAUCUGGAGGGCCAAAACUUAUCUGUCCUUGCUCUAGGUAUUUUUUAUUCUGCACUGCUCUCAUGUUUUCCUUAACUGCUGCCAGAAUUAUUAUUUGUCAGAAUGCGGGGGGGGGGGUGACAAUGCCAUCCUUGAGAGCAUGGAUAACUAAAAUCUGGAACAUAGUCUACAUGGUGAAGCUGACAUAUAUGGUGUAAGAACCGGAGAGGGCAGACAAGAAGAUAGUGUGUUUAUUGAGAAAUGGAGUCUUUUAAUAAUGUACUAGAGUAAUAAAGUACAGGAUAAUUAUUUAUUUAUUAUCUUCAACUGUGGUAUGGAAAUCACUCCUCUUUAUGUUUAGUUCCAACAGAUCUCUCUUUUUUUACUUAUAUUUUAUAUCUGUUAUUACUGUAUUUUAAUAUUUUGUUUGAAGCCACCCAGAGUGGCUGGGGAAGCCCAACCAGAUGGGCAGGGUAUAAAUAAAAUUAUUAUUAUUAUUAUUAUUAUUAUUAUUAUUAUUAUUAUCAUGUUAUACUUCAUUGUUGGCAUCCAUCUGUCUCGGGAAACAAUGGAGGAGUGCACCUUUGGAGGUGAAGUCAAACUGUUGGAAGGUUUCAGCGCCUGCUGUGGCUGUAGAGACCAAUACGAAUUAUAGAAUUGUAGAGCUGGAAAGGACCACAAGGGUCAUGUAGUCCAACCCCCUGCAAUUCAGGAGUCUUUCACCCAACGUGGGGUUUGAACACACAAACCCAAGAUUAAGAAUCUCACGUUCUGCCAACUGAGCUAUCCUGGAGAGACAUGUUUGUUGCAGCCGUGGUAGAUGAAGGCAUCCGGUUGUUAUGUCAUAAAUAAAUAUGUGUAAAUAAAAAGUAAAUUAAGGGGAUUUUAAUUUUUUUUUAACGGCAUUUGUGGAAGGACAUCUGCUUUGUAUGCAGAAAAUUCCAGGUUAGAUCCAUAGCAACUCCAGGUAUGUGUGACAAUGUUCCCUACCUGAAACCUUGGAGAGCUACUGCCAGUCAGAGCAUCUAAUCCCGUAGUUCCGAAAGUGGGGCACACGCCCUACAGGGGGGCAAUUUGAUUUUUACGGGGGGGGGAUUCAAGAAUGAGUUAUUAUUAUAUUAUAUUAUUCUUUUUGCAUUUCUUAUGGUUCUAGGGGCCUCAUAUACAGUAUAUAAAUAUAUAUUGUGACAUAGGCAUUUUAAAAAUUAAUAUCAGAAUGUACAUGGUGGUCAGCAGGUAACAAUGGGAGAGGUUAUCUAAACAGAAAAGGUUAUCUAAACAUAAAAUACACUGGGCGCAUUCAGGGGGAGUAGCGCUCUUCCUCAGUACUUCAACUGUCCUUUUUGUUCUUUUAUUUUUCUCUUUCAUGUUCUUUGGAAGCUUGUUUAGAGCAAGUUAAUGGCCUUUUAGGCUUCCUCCACAUGAAUAGGAGUUCCCUUUUUGAAUAAUAAGAAUUAUAUAUCAUUGGGGGGGGUCAGGGUUUUAGAGAUGCUUAGGUGAGGCAUGGCCAAAAAACGGUUAGGAAACACUGAUCUAAUCCAACCCUCUGCAAUGCAGGAAUCUCAACACAUGGUCCCCCAUCCAAUUGGAAACCAUACCAGACCCUGCUUAGCUUAAGGUUAUCCUGAAGUUUGUAGAAGUACAUAAAGGGUCAACCCUAAAAGCCCACCCCUGCUGAGCCCUAUGAGACCUGAGCAUGCUGAAUAGUCACAGAAAGUGGAGUGUCAGCUGGGAAGGAAAACCAUAAAAAUGGGGGUGGGGGAAACAUAGCUGGUUGCCUGGCAAUCUGAACAGAAAUACUUCUGUGAGAAGCUGAGGCUAUGCUGCAACAUUUUGCUGUGGGUUAUACUUUUCUUGCUAUCUUCUAGAAGUGCCUGGAUAUGGAAACAAGGAACAGGCCACCUACAACUUGACUGGGGAACAGUCCAACAACAAAAGACCCCCCUCAAGGUGCUCCAGCAGGACCUCCUCAAUGAACUCCAAGAACCCCGAGAACAGAACAGCUAUGGGCGAACCCCCAGUCCUGCCUGAGGCAUCACCAUCCACACAGCAUAUCCAAACCAGAAACCACAACAAACAGACCCUCAGGUCUAAAACUCCCUCUGCCCUCUGCAUUCACACGGCUGCAGGGAGGAAAGACAGCCUGGACGGUACCACUUCCAAGGGAAUAGGGAAUCAUCAUCACCCAAAGGGGAAACCUGGAGGUUCCAGGCUGUCAGCUAAGUCUAGCCAAGAAGAAAUGGAAGAUGGCCAUGGUAAUUCAGAUGAACUAACAGGUAGGCAAUACCGGCCUAUAGUGACCCGACUGCACGCAUCUCCCCGAAAGAACGUAAAGGGCAGCUGUGAAGACAUGAAAGAAGCCCAGGAUGUCAUGAGUGCCAAAGAGUCAUUAGCAUCAAGUGGGCAAGAUGUCAAAGCAGAGGGAAAGGCCAUCCAGGAGAAGAAAAACAGCCUAAUAAUACCUCCUAAUAUCAAGGCCAAGUUUGGCACCUCUAUGGUGGAAAAGCUGGUCUCCGAGGAGCAGGUAAAGAAUGCAAUGGUCUUGUCUUUGAAGAGGUUAACUAGGAAUGCCUAACACUUUUUUAAACUGGAAAUAUCUGUCAGCCUUUCUCAACCUGUGGGUCUCCAGAUCUUGUUGAACUACAACUCCCAUCACCCCUAGCUAGCAAGGCCAGAGCUCAGGAAUGAUGGGAGUUGUAGUCCAACAACAUCUGGGGUCCCACAGGUUGAGUAAUACGUUGUAUUAGCAGCAGUAGUAGUAGUAGCAGCAGCAAUGCUACUCAUUAUACUUGUAACUCUCAUAUCAGCAGCUAUAGUAAGUUCAGCAGUAGAGAAGUAGCAGCAAUGCUAUUUUUCUAGAAAAAGAGGUGUCAGAACUCACCAUGUCCCUUGUUCUCUUAUAAUAGCAAUGGCACCCACCUGAGAGGUGCCAGAACUGAGUUCCAGCUGAAAAAAAAGCCCUGAGAAGCACUAUUAGUAACAUGGUUAUAAAUCAGAAUGCUACUAGUAGGAUGGUAGCUAUAAGCAGCAAUGCAAAAUAUAUAAAGCUGCCAUUCAGUAAACAAUUAUCCAGGAGUAAGAACCACUGACCAUAGGGCUUACUUCUUGAAUUGACAUGAAUACGGUUGUGCUGUAAAGGAAUUAUUCUAAUGAUAGUAUAAUGCAUAUUAUUUCAGUCAUUAGCCAAUAAAUUAGAAAACAGAAGAUGGUUACGCAGUGACAAUUAUAGCUUUGGAAAACCUCUGUCCCUACUUCUUAAAAGAUACAAGGGUUGAUGCCAUAGAUCAGGGGACAUAUUGAUUAAUCCACAGAGUAAUCUGUCAAAGUGACAAAUGCAUCACCUGUGACUCAUCAUUUAGGAAAAAAUGACUGUGCUUUAUUGAGAUUUCAUUUUUAUGAAGGGAAAAAAUCAUGACAUGAAGGUGAUAAGACAAUAGCUGACCCUGAUUAAUCUUCUACUUAAUAUGGAAAGGGGUUCAGGAUAUGGGCAAUUCGUAAAAAAUAUGUAUGGGUGGUAACCUUAGUUCUAGCCAAGUUUAUACUUGAUUAGAGGACUCACUCUGAGUGGGGAAAGUUCUACCAGUAGCUGGUGGAGCCAGUACCUCAGAACCUUAAGUGGGAUUUGACUCCAUCGUCUUGUAUUUUCCAGGCACGUCGUGCUCUCUGUGAGGCUGGGCUGAUCCAGGGGCAGAAGCGCCUCAGUGACUGGCCAUAUAAGACACUAGAGAAUCCUAUGGCAUCGUCACCUUAUGCUGAUUAUUAUGAACUAGGAUACAACUUGAGGUCCAACAUUUUCCAAGGUAAAGGAGCAUCCCAGGUCUACCUGCACACUGCCUGUUCUGACUCCAGUUAUGGCAUUUACUGAUUUUGGAUUGCUGAGUUCACAGAUCUCCCGCAAUUGACACCACUUUUACAUGCUACUUAUGAGCAGCGAAAAUAGAACAGAUCUUUUGCGGGGUCAGUUUCUUUAGAAAAGUCUUUGUGUGCAUGUGCGUGAAAUAGGAAAGAUAUUAGGAGAAGGCACAGCAAGAACACAGAAGACUUGGAGGGAGGAACACUUGGAAGCAGGCAGGGAGAGAAACCCAACCUACCUAGUAAUGUCUCUCUUGUGCCUUUAACAGAACUCUGAUAUGCAGAGACCAGCGGGCAAAGCUUUAUGGUAUGGUAGAUAAAUAUUAUCACUCACUAAUCACUGCAGAUUAAGGGCUAUUAAGGCACAGCUAAAGGGGCCUAUUCCAAAGUUCUCACAACACCAUCACACAACUACAACCCAACCCAACCUACCUUUGACAGAGGAAAACUCCAGACUGUUUCUCACAUUCUUUGGACAGAUCCAGUCAGUAACUUCCAUCACUUUGAGGUUUUUGUUUUUAUGUAAGAUUGCCCAUGUUCCUAUUGUCUCCAUUACCUACUACCUUUGAUCUGCAGCAAAUUGCAGGUGAUUGUAUUAUCACCAGAAUGGGAAAAACUGCUAAAGGCACAAGAAGGGUUCGAGUCAGGCUUUCCCCACACUCUGCUUUCUGGACAGUUCAGGCUACCAAAUCCAUCCUACUCGGGCAAGGCAUGUGUGGCUAAAAUCCCUUGGGAACCUCUUCCUGUAUAAACAUGGGACUGUUGAUUCAGGACAGCUCUCACAAUUUGAGGUACCCAAGUCAUAAAACUGCUUUGUUGUCUCCUGUAGGGGCCAGCUCCCCUUGGCCUAUGAUCCAGCUCCUAGAUGACUCUGGUGCAAGUGGUGUAAGAGUUCUGUGAAUCUCCUUUUUUGCAGGAGGACCAUUGGAAAGCAGAAGCCUGAUGAAGGAUUCCUAUACCCCAGAUGUAAUAAAGAGGGCAGUUCGGGACCCCAAACAUUGGCAUGGAAGAAAAACUGAUGAUCUAGGUAAGAAACCCUAGGAUUAUAAGGAAAAGAUGGCUGAGAAACAAAGGACUUGCCUCAGGCAUCGUCCAUCAGAUCUGCAAUAUGGGGAAUAAUAGUGCGAGCCUGUUUCACAGGGUUCUUGUGAGGAUUACAGAGAUUAUGCUAGUGGAGCACUUAGAAAAAGAGCUAUAUAUAAAUACCUAAAGUAUUAUUAUAAUCUAAAUAUUUGGAUUCCCCCCAGCUGACAGCUUGCAAAUCACACAUUGCAAGACUGAGCACAUAUUCUAGGAAUCUUUUGACAUCUUGUUCUCAUUACUGUCGGUGAUAAAGGUUCUGCCACUUUGGGCAUGUCUGUGGCUAGUUAGCAUCAUAGUGUCCAUACCCACAUUACACACAGAGGGGAGGGGAGAGAAGCAGAGAAAGCUUGCUCAUACUGUACAUCAGCUGCACACAGACACCUCAGCCUUUCCAUGCUCUCAUGAGCUCUUGCCUUUACUGGCCCUUUUCCAGCCCCUCCCAAAGAUAGCCCUUUAAUCCUGGUGCCUGCUAAAAGGUACAAGAUAUGUACAUGCAAACUGUGUGUAUUUGUUUGUUUCUCAACAGGGAGGUGGUUCCAGAAAAAUGCGCUAAACCUUAACCUUCAAAAAGCUUUGGAACAAAAAUACGGGGACAAGAACAAAGGCGGCAAAUCCUAAGAAGGCAUAGAAGAGGGAUGAAGACCUUCUGGAAAAAUAUCUGGCUCUCCCUAGCAGUGGAAUAAACCUCCAUCUAGCCUCUA